UCUCAUGUCGUCCGACCAACAGACAGCUUCACAUUGAUUCUUUUGGAUCUCUUCUUACCAAAUGGAAAACAUGUGGAUACAUCUGUGUUUUUUGUUUUCAUUAUUGGAAACUGUAUUUUCUGUAGAUUUAACAUAUCGAAUAGAGGAAGGUCAUAGUAUAGGUACCUACGUAGGUGAUAUUUCUGCUGAUAUUCAGCUAUUAGAGAGUGCCCCCGCACGAGACCGCACUCUUAUAUGGUUUAGCCAAUUACAAAAGGACGCAACCAGAGACUCACAUUUGUUUAACGUGUCUCGUGCGGGGAAACUGUACACGGCUCAAACACUGGAUGCCGAAUCGUUGUGUACAUAUAAUAGUGAGUGCUAUGAAACGGUGGACAUAGCCGUACAAAAGAAAGAAUCUUUCAUUAAAAUUUUAGAAAUAAAAGUGAUUAUUUUAGAUAUCAACGACAACCACCCCCAAUUCCCUUUUAAACAAAUUAAUCACCAGUUUUCAGAGAGUGACGGUAAAGGAACCACAAAGUCUAUACCCAACGCCAUUGACAAUGAUGUCGGCAUUAGAAAUUCGCAAAUAACUUAUCAACUCAGGAAAAACAGAGACGAACCAUUUAGAUUGUCAGUUUCCAAAAAAGUAGAUGGAACAUCGAAACUAGGAAUUGUUCUUGAAAAACCUUUAGACAGGGAAGUAAAAGACACUUACAACCUCCAGGUAAUAGCGAAAGACGGAGGAUAUUCACAAAAACAAGGUAUUUUAGAUGUCAAGAUUUCAGUGGCUGAUGUCAAUGACAAUUCUCCUGUAUUUAGCAAGGACCUUUACAAUGUAUCAAUCAGAAAUACCCACAAAAGAGAUAUACCCGUUGUCGUUUUAUCUGCCAGUGAUUCUGAUGACGGUAAAAAUGGUAAAGUAUCAUUCCAAUACAGUUCUAAGACGUCAGAAUUAUCCAAAUCUUAUUUCACGUUAAAUAAAAACACCGGAGAAAUAUUUUUACAGAGAAAAUUUUCUUCGCAACAAAAACAUAUGUACAAGUUAUUAGUGGAGGCCACAGACGGAGGCAUCCCUCCCCUUAGUUCUGCUGCCAUUGUUCUUGUAAACGUCAUAAAUCAAGAAAAUAACCCUCCGCUGAUUGAUGUCAAUUUUAUCUCUCAGUCCAAAGGGAUUUCCGAAGGGACCGAUGUUGGCAGCUUUAUAGCUUUCGUGAAAGUCACAGACGAAGAUGCUGCCAGAAACGGUGAAGUCAAUUGUGAUCUUGAGCACGAUAUUUUACAACUGCAGACUUUAGGAAGGAAAAAGUAUAAAGUGGUUGUAAAAAACCGCAUUAACAGAGAAACACAAAGCAACAUGCAGUUCACCAUUGUUUGUCGAGACAACGGUAUUCCCCCUCUAGAGACACGCAGUGAUUUUUCUCUGCAAGUCAUAGACAUCAACGAUGUGCAACCUCAGUUCACUAAAUCUGUGUUCAGGUUUUUAACGUACGAAAACGAAGAGGCGAAUUUCCCUGUCGGGUUCAUCAAUGCCACUGAUCCAGAUUUAGGGCCUGGGGGUCAACUAUCGUAUUCUUUAUCCACCGACAAUAACAUUCUGCUCCCGUUUGAGAUUUCAGAUUUCGGAUUCAUUUCGACACGUGACUCGUUAGACAGAGAGCAACAGGAUAUUUAUGAAUUCCAAGUUUUAGUGAAAGACAAUGGGAGUCCGUCACUAAGUAACACAGCUAAAGUAGUUGUGGAAGUAAUGGAUGAGAACGACAACGCCCCCUAUUUCACCUUCCCCAGUGUGAAAUCCUUCAGUUUGGAUGUUUAUUACAACCCACAAAGUGAAAACGACAUCACCACAUUAAGGGCCUCAGACAGAGAUAGCCAUGUAAACGCUUUCCUUCGCUACGAAAUACUCGGAGGAAACGACAGACAACUAUUUUCUGUUAGUCCUUAUACCGGAGUAGUGUCCUUCUCUCGAACUGUUUACCAAAACGAUGCCGGUCUAUACGAGCUUCAAUUUAUUGUCAAAGACAGUGGUAGUCCGAUGAUGUCUGCGACAACAACUUUGUCCGUGUCCCUGACCGUCAGCAACAAGACAUCGAAAAUGUACACGGCCCUCGAUGUGCAGUCGGAGGACAAAAUACAUAUAAAUUUCGUGAUAAUUACCAUAGUGGCAGCUGUCAUUGUAUCAGUAGCCAUCGUGGUUUCCAUAACCAUAUGUAUUAUCCAAAGAAACAACCAAAGAGACAUUCAAUAUUAUGAUGCUCCAGAAGUUUCUAACAAAUUUCUUUCGGAAAGCAAACAGUCCGAAUACAUGUCUGAUCAUCUUUCCACAAACUAUAACAUCCCCGUUACUAUGGUGAUUGACCAAAGCACCAACAGAAAUUCACCAGCAACGUUACCAAAACGAAAAUCACCCUCGGAUUAUAAAGCUCAAAGUUGGAAAGGGUCAUCUCUUGGAGUACAAUUACAUUCAAAUAUCCAGGGCUCUAAUCAGAUGUGUCUCCCAGAGACUGCUUGCGUUGUGAAAGAAGAAAAACUAGCAAUAAUGUCUCCAGAAAACUUCAGUGAUCUUUCAACCCUGUCUUCUUGUGGUGACAGUGGACGCGGCUGGAAUAUGGGAACAAGCACUCAUUAUGAGGAACUGGCAGAUCCUUACUCACUACAACCAAAGCACUCUAAGAUCGCCAGCAGAAAACCGAUGCCACCGAUGCUAAGCCGACCAAAGAACGCUAAAAGUUCGAGCAGCGACAGCGACCAGGGAAACAACAGUCCGAUUUCUUCCAACAGCAAUGACGUCAUCGAUCUUAAGUCAAUAAGAGGAGGCAGUAUCAGCAAAUUGCAACCGUGGAAUUUACCGUUACGAAAUAGCUUCACGUCUUACAGUAAACCUUUACCGGCAUUACCCAAAAUCCCAUAUUCGUAAUGAACGACUGAACCAAAAUAGGAAUAAAACGAAACAUUAAAAACCAAUUUAAAAAGCAGAUCCUUCACACGCAUGCGCAUACACAAUCACGUAGCCACCAUGCGCACACAAAAGACAGCUGCAAAUAAACACACCAUCACAUACAACCAUAUAUAGACAUAAAUUUUCUUCACACUACGCCUUCCAUUUUUAACCAGUUCUCCGCGUUCUGAGUUCAAAUCCCGCUGAGGUUAAAUUUGCCUUUCAUCCUUCCAGGAUCGAUAUAUAAAGUCUAGUCAAGUACUGGGUAGAUUCUUCUUUCCCUCCCUCCCUUCCUUCCUCACUCUCCACCGUUUUCUUUUCUUCCUUGAUUGUUGCACCUUUAAUCCAAAGGUCCAACCUUGUUAUACAUUAUGCCGAGAGAUUUACGCUAAGGGUGCACGUGUCUGAGGAGUUCUCGUCCACUUGCACGUUCGAAUCACGAGAAGGAAUGCAGUUGGUUGAACAAUUGGCUGGAACUCUUUGGUUUCUUUGAUCAUAGGGCUUUUUCAUUAAAGAUGACCAAAGAUCACAACAACAAAAACAACACACACACACACAUACUACCCUCUCUAUCUCUCUCCCUCAUAGAUACACACACUCCCUCUUUCUUUCACACACAAAUAAGGAAUUCUUUCACUCACUAUUUCACACACACGGGGAUACACUCACAUCAUUCCCCACCGACAUUCAAGCUGUGGAUAUCUCGUCUCCUUCACGGCCAUUACAGUACUUUUAUAUUCCCACUGUAUUUAUCCAGUUUAUUUCCGCCAUUAAAUUAAUGUGUGUGUGUACGUGCGUGUGCGUGUGUGUGUGUGUGUGUGUGUAUGUGUGUGGAGACUGUUGAAGGAGCUUUUCGGGGUAAAUUCUUGUGGAUCAGUAGACCGUUUAGACACACGGUUCUUUUUCUUUUACUUUAUUUUAUUAUCAUUUUUUUUUACCUUUUUUCUGUUUUGGCUCAUUGGCAAACAACAUCCACCCCCACCCCACCCCCUACACACACACAUACAGACACACACACAAACACAAACGAGAAAUAGUCCGCACUCAUUUGAGCAGCGAGAUUGACGCAACCGAAUUUUACUCAGAUGAUAUCCUACGGUCCUAAAAGAAAGACAGAACACUUUAAAUAAUGUAAUCCUAAAUGUCCAAGAAAAAGACGAGAUAGUCACGGCCGGAAUACAUUUCAUUAUAGAUCUGCUCACUAAGAGAUGACUUGGGGCUAACAACAACAACAACAACAGCAACAACAAUUAAACGUGGUAAACAUAAUAAAAAGUAAUACCAACAAAUUGACAAACAAUAAAACACAAGCACACAAAAAACAUAAACAACUCUUGGGGUAACUUCCUCUGGUCGCUUGAUCUGCUGAAAAUGACAGCCAAAUCUCCCUGAAAUUAAACAGUGCCGUCUUGUGAACGAUACAUUUCCUAAUGUAUUAUAGAACUGGCUACGCAAUGCCUUGAUAUAGGACGUUUUGGUCACGUCUGGAAUACCUUUGAUCGUCAAUCUGCUCGAUCAGAGAUGACGUGGAGUUAAAGAACACCAGCAAAAAACAACAAUAUAUGUAAAAAAAAUUGAUUCUACCCACUCCUCUUUACAAAGAAAAAUGCUUUUUACCUACACAUGCUUCGGGAGUUGAAAACGGUAGAUCUUGUGGUGCAGCAGAGCAUCGCGUGAUUCUGUUGAAAAUAUAAUAAUAAUAAUAAUAAUAAUAAUAAUAAUAAUAAUAAUAAUAAUAAUAAUAAUAAUAAUAAUAAUAUAAUAAUAAUAAUAAUAAUUAAUAAUUAAUAAUCUUUUUUAUUUAUUUAUUUUCUUUUUGCUACAAGGGUGAUGAAUGAAGUGGGGACGCUCAUCAAUAUAAAGCCAAGUUCGAAUAUAUCGCGAUUGGUUUCAAGAGAAACGAGUAUAACUGUAAUAAUAUUCGAUGACGAUUAUGAUGAUGAUGAUGAUUUUAAUAAUAAUACUACAAUCAAUAGCGACGCCAAUGAAAGCGAUGUGAUCGAACAAAGACUUAAAAAGUGACAUCUCACGGCGUUACUAAAAAACAAUCCAUAUGUUAAUUAUUGAUCCA